AUGAAUUCUGAAGACUGCGAUCCCUAUGUGAUGGAUUCCUCUGGUUUACUGCGUUUCAGCAAAGCAGCUAAAGGAUCGCGAAAGGUUUUCAUUGAUUCGUCACUGCAAGUUUUUGAACCGAUUUUCAAUUACUGUUAUUCUGGUCGGCUUUCCGUUCCAUUGGAUCUUGUGCCAUCAGUGUAUCUCCUUGCAAAACGUCUUGAAAUAUGUGUUCUACAAGUGGCGCUUGCAAAUCACCUGUCUCAAAAUGUGACGGUCGGUACAAUAGGGGAAUUAUGCCGAAUGACUCCUCUGUCUCAACUUAUCGACUCUGGUUGUUUGGAGACAACCGAAAAUAAAGACGUAAUUCAGGCCGAGCGGACUCUCGCGCUAUCCAUUUGCCAGUUUUUGGUGAAUAAAGCGGAUUCCGUCGCCUGUUCUCUCACUGGCCAGCUCAGUGCGCGAUUAAUCGUCAAUUUAACCACAGACUUCUUAAAUGGUUCGGCAACAUCAGAGCGAAAUCGGGAUCUAAAUAUGCUGUCACCACAGAGCGACUUAAUUGCUUUUGCUGUACUCAAAUGGGCACACCGGCGUCUUCUUGCCGGUGAACGUUUAGCUCGCCUACUUUCUUCCGACGAGGAGGAUGAGGUUCAGAUGGAUUCCGAUUCACGCGAUUCCCCGCUUCACAUACCCACCCAAGAUGUCCGCGUGAGUGAUUUCCUUUAUUUCAUUGACCCAGACUACUACUGA